AUGAAGAUCCUCACCAAGGAACAAGAACAAGCCCAUUACCGUGCGACGCUCAAGGGCGGCGCCAUCGGCGGUUUCACCGGUCUUGCGGUGGGCGCGGUGGGCGUGGUGGCCGCCCACCGCCGCUAUCAUUUCUUCCGCAACUUGACCAUUCCAUUGAAAGCGUUUUUGAUCACCAGCAGCGGUACGUUCGCCGGAAUCGUCACGGCAGAUCAUUACUCGCGCGCAUUUGAGGCCGAGUCCAACCCGAUCCAGAUGGAAUAUCGACAGUUUGAGAACGAGAAGGCUCAGGCCGAGCGGGCGGGCAAGACGUUCACUGAGCGCGCUAUGGACUUUGGCCGGCGGGAGCGAUACAAGAUCGUGGCCGGGUCGUGGCUGGCGUCGAUCGCCGCCUCAUUCGCCCUCGUUAACCGCAACAAGUAUCUUACCGGCCAACAGAAGAUCGUCCAGGCCCGAGUGUACGCCCAAUUUUUGACCCUGGGCGUCUUGGUGUUGACGGCCGCUUUUGAGAUCUCCGACUCGCACAACCAAGAGGGUCGCUAUGAGACCGUCCGGUACAUCGACCCCUCCGACCCGGAGCAUAAGCGCAUUCUUGAGAAACAGGUGGAACGCGAGGUCGGCAGCCAGGGCAUUGGCAACGGCAACGAUGAUCUAUGGAAGGAGAUGGUUGCUGCAGAGGAGCAGCGCCUUCAGGAACGCGAAGCUCGUCACAAAGAGUACUUGCGAAGGCACAAUGGCAAUGGAAAGAAAAAGGCCCAAAAGGAGGAGACCCAUGAGUGA